UUCUUGAAGAGCAAGCUAAAGCUACUGCUGCAAUGGCAAAGCUAAUUUUGUUGUGCCUGAAAUUUAUGAUGUUAUGCGGCACUCUCGAAGCUGUGUUUGAGGAUCAAGUAGGGAAAUUUGACUGGAGGCAGCAAUAUGUUGGCAAGGUUCGCUUCUCCCAUUUUGACACACAUAUGCAGUCAUCCAAAAAGGUGCUGCUAGCAACAGAGAAUAAUGUCUUUGCCUCACUCAACACCAGAACUGGAGAACUCUUCUGGCGACAUGUUGAUAAGACUGGGCCAGAGGGAACCAUUGACGCUCUUCUGCAACAUGGACAAGAUGCGGUGCUGGUGGUUGGAAAUGGUCGCUUGCUGCGCUCAUGGGAGAUAAAUAUUGGUGGUUUGAACUGGGAGAUUGUGCUCGACUCUGGCAGUUUCCAGUCGGCAUGUUUGGUUGGACAGCAAGAUACUGUAAAACACGUGGCUGUUUUGAAGAAGAGUGUCAUCUCUCUCCAUUACCUCUCUAAUGGUCAUCAAAAGUGGAUAGAGAAUCUACCAGAAAGUGAAACCGUAGAUUACCAGGCUGUAUACUCUGGUGGAAAUGGUGAAGUGUAUGUACUGGGAGUUGUUCCUCAUUCCCACAUUGCCAUUGUGGCUUACAGUGUGGAGGAUGGAGAGAUAAUCAAGCAGAUCUCAGUGGAAGCUCCGUGGCUGUCCAACAUACAGGCCAGCUGUGCGGUUAUCAGCCAGGGGAUGUUGACAUGUGUGGACUCCACAACUGUAUCUCUGUACAUGCUUGACUUGCAUGUACAGGCACAGAUGACCCAGAUCCCCCUGCAGUCACUGGGACUUGAAGUCACCCCUGGCUUCCAGCCAGUACUGGUGUCUGCCCAGCCCAACCCAGCUCGCCCUCCGCUGUCAGAGUUCCUCCUUCAGCUCGGGCCUGAACACCACCUGCUUCUGCAGCUCAACAAUGGUCAGAUAGUUACACUGAGGGAUUUCAAGCCUGCCAUGCUGGUUUCAUUUGCUACCACUGGAGAAAAGACUGUUGCUGCUGUCAUGACGCCCAAGAAUAAAACUGCUUGCAGUCUCAACCUCUUUAGUGCAGAAACUGGACGCAGACUUCUAGACACAACACUGAUUUUUAAUAUGGAUCCUAACGGUGGGAAACCAGAGAGGCUGUAUGUACAAGCAUUCCUGAAGAAGGACGAUUCUGUGGGUUACAGGGUGAUGGUGCAGACAGAAGACCACACGCUCACUUUCAUACAACAGCCAGGGCGUGUAAUGUGGACGAGAGAGGAGGCCCUGUCAGAUGUGGUGACAAUGGAAAUGGUGGAUCUGCCUCUCACAGGAACGCAGGCAGAGCUGGAGGGAGAGUUUGGCAAAAAGGCUGACGGCCUGAUGUCCAUGGUGCUGAAGAGGCUCUCCUCUCAGCUCAUCUUACUGCAGGCCUGGAUCGCCCACCUCUGGAAGCUCUUCUACGAUGCGCGGAAGCCUCGCAGUCAAGUCAAAAAUGACGUGACCAUCGAGAACCUGUCCAGAGACGAGUUCAACCUGCAGAAGAUGAUGGUUAUGGUUACUGCAUCUGGGAAGCUCUUUGGGAUUGACAGCAAGACCGGCAGUAUUUUGUGGAGGCACUACCUGGACAAUGUCCCAUCUAAUGCAGCUUUCAAACUAAUGGUGCAACGGACCACUGCACACUUCCCUCACCCGCCACAGUGCACGCUGCUCAUCAAAGACAAGGACACAGGUCUGGCAACGCUGCAUGUAUUUAAUCCCAUCUUUGGAAAGAAGAGUCACAUCACCCCGCCUGCUCUGCCUCAGCCGAUACUUCAGUCACUCAUGCUGCCUCUCAUGGACCAGGAUUAUGCCAAGGUCCUUCUUCUUGUUGAUGACCAGUACAAGGUGUCUGCUUUCCCCUCUACGAAGAAUGUGCUACAGCAGCUCCAGGAGAUGGCCUCAUCCAUAUUCUUUUACCUUGUUGACUCCAGCCAGGGAAAACUUUCUGGCUACAGGCUACGAACGGACUUGUCAACCGAGCUGAUCUGGGAGAUUGUCAUCCCAACCGAGGUACAGAAGAUUGUCUCGGUCAAAGGGAAAAGGCCCAAUGAGCAUGUGCACUCCCAGGGCAGAGUAAUGGGAGACCGUAGUGUGCUCUAUAAGUACCUGAACCCCAAUCUACUGGCUGUGGUGACUGAGAGCACAGACUUGCAUCAGGAGCGAAGCUUUAUCGGGAUCCUCCUGAUCGAUGGCGUCACUGGUCGCAUCAUCCACGAGGCUGUUCAGAGAAAAGCCAGAGGACCGGUGCAUGUUGUGCACUCUGAAAACUGGGUGGUGUACGAAUACUGGAGCACCAAGUCUCGCAGGAACGAGUUCUCUGUAAUUGAGCUGUAUGAAGGGAUGGAACUCUACAACAGCACAGUGUUCAGCUCUCUGGAUCGGCCACAUGCCCCUCAGGUGCUCCAGCAGUCUUACAUUUUCCCCUCUUCCAUUUCUACCAUGGAGGCCACACUGACCGAGAAGGGCAUCACCAGCCGCCAUCUGCUCAUUGGCUUGCCGUCUGGAGGGAUUUUGUCAUUACCCAAGAUGUUCCUUGACCCUCGGAGGCCAGAAAUUGUAUCUGAGCAAAGCCGGGAAGAGAACCUGAUACCAUACGCACCAGAGCUGCUGAUCCGCACAGAGUGGUUCAUCAACUACAAUCAAACUAUAUCAAGAGUGCGAGGAAUUUACACCGCCCCCUCUGGACUGGAGUCAACCUGCUUGGUGGUGGCAUACGGUCUCGACAUCUACCAGACACGUGUCUAUCCCUCAAAGCAGUUCGACGUACUAAAAGACGACUACGAUUACAUGCUGAUCAGCAGCGUUCUCUUUGCCCUUUUCUUCGCCACCAUGAUCAGCAAACGCCUGGCAGAAGUCAAACUGCUCAACCGGGCCUGGCGGUAAAGCAAUCGUCAAAAAUCCCAUCUCUUACAGCCCCGAGGCUGCACGAAGGACCUCGGCCCGAGGAGAUGAGGCGGCUGAGGCUGCGC